AUGGCUGCCUCGCAGAAACUGCUGUCAAAGUAUGCGACAAUCGCCAAGUCGGAGCUUGGUGAGGAUCCCAAGAAUGUCCCAGCCCACCUCGAGGCCUUCCGCAGGUGGCUUUCGUCGAUGCCUCACCUCACUUGUCCUGACGGUUAG